AUGACAGAUCGCGGUUUUGACAAGGCCGAAUUCGUUAAAUCAGUAGAGAGUGAGGAUUUUAGUCGAAAUACCAGUAGCGCGUCUACUCCAGGAAGUAUAAGAUCUACAUCGAAGAAGAGACCGAUGCAAAAAAAGAAACUCGCUUGUGUAGAGUGCCGGCAGCAGAAAUCCAAGUGCGACGCACACGAAAGGGCUCCCGAACCCUGUACACGGUGUCUCAAGAAAGGUGUACCAUGCGUUUUACAGAAAGAUUUUAGAAGAACGUGCAAGAGGGCCAGAAAUGAGGUUAUUGCCAAGAAAUUCCAAGAGUUGACUCAGUCACUAUCAAGUUUGGGGUCGGAAGAAUUACUGAAAAAACUGGAUGCUGAUUCAUUAAAUAUACCAAAGAGUCUAGGGGUUACUGGCGAUAUGAACAGUAACGGUAGCGGUCAGUGGACUGAAAAAUUAAGUUCGAAUUCGAAUUCAAAUCCUGAUAUAAAUAUUGAUAUAUCCAAGAAUGACGAUGCUUUGAAAACAUUGCGUUCAGUUUUAUCUACCAAAGAUGUAGUAUCGAUGGUGACAUCAUCAGGAUCGCUCGAUACAGGCGCAAAACUGGAUGGUGCUAUAAAUUUGAGUCGCGAACAACUUGAAUGUCAACCAAAAUCUCUCGGGGAUGUCACCUUGUCUAGUGCAGAUAUCGCUGACCUAUUCAAUGAAUUCAAUACCAAGUACCAUCCAUUUUUACCAGUUGUUGAUGUAACCAAGGGCCCUGAAAAAAUUUACAGCUUAUCUCCAUGUCUUUUCUGGGUUAUUAUACUUGUAGGUCUAAGAAGAAAGUUCGAAGCAAUCGAAACAAUGAACAAGCUCUCUAACAUGGUUAAGUCUAUAUUGGCAGAGAUCACUAUUUCUCCUAUUAUAAGAUAUUCUCCAUCUGAAACCGAUGAACCUGUGCUUAAUGUUUCUUCGGUUUAUUCUGUUCAAGCCUUCCUAAUUUAUACAUACUGGCCUCCUCUGACUUCUUCAUUAAGUGCUGACACAUCAUGGAACACAAUCGGUUCAGCUAUGUUCCAAGCACUCAGAGUGGGACUUAACAGUGCUCAAUUUUCCACAGAAUAUGCCACCGCCAACUCUCAGUUGAUCCACGAACAAAUUAGGACAUGGAUAUGUUGUAACAUAGUCUCACAAACCAUCUCUGCAUCAUUUGGGUUUCCAGCUUAUGUGGCCUUUGAUCAUACAGUCAUCAGCACUUGUAAAAUCUCUACCGCUGGAAAUGAUAAAAACGACUUCGUACCUUUCACUAUAAAGCAAAUGUUACAGAUUGCCCACUUUGAGAAUCAAGUUGUCGAUACUAUGAACUCCAAUCCGAGAAACAUGAAUGGUCUAGCUUCAGAUGAAGAAAGGUUACCGUUAUUACAUGUUUUGAAUAGACAGCUAAAGGAACUAGAACUUCAACUAGACAAUGUAAAAUUGGACGAUAUUAGGAGAUUUUUACUUCUUGUUACAAAGGUGCAUUUGUUGACCUAUUAUUUCACCGAAGCUAAAGAGACGGAUAUUGGAGCUAAUAAACAAAAAAUUUCCGUGAAGGAUAUGGAAACUAGCUUUGCGACAAAGAGAGGCUUGGUAAUAGCAUACAAUUCUGCAGUGCAGUUGUUGCAACAUGCCAAAGAUAUGUGGAAACGCGAUCCCCUUAUUGUAAAAUAUCUUCCGGGUGUUUAUAUCCUUAACAUAUGGCAAUCAGCCUCAAUAAUAUCGAAACUAGUACACUCAUCUCUUGGAUCAAUUAUAGACGUCAACACAGGUAAAGAAGUGUAUCAAGAUGCUGUAUCUCUUAUCUCGAAUGCAUCUGUGCUCAAAUACGAUAUGGCAUAUAGAUCUGCAGGAAUUAUGAGGAGCAUAUGGAGCAUGUUCAAUAAUAUGUUCGAGGAGUGGAAAAGCAAAGAACAUCAAAGUGGUGGUGUAUCUAAGGGCGAGAAGGACUUUAAUUUGACGAUUACCAUAAAAUCAAGAAUGUCCGUGAGUGUGUUCUUCGAUUGUUUGUAUAUUCUCAGACAAAAGUGUGGUAUGGCUAAAUUGAAGAGAGAAAAGGAGAGAGCAAUAUCCUCUGAUGAAGAGAAUCAUAAUGAAUUAAGCAAUGGUGACGCUUCAACUAAGGAACUGUUAACAGAGGACAAAAACCCGGAGGAAAAUGCAAGAAAAAUCAUCUCUACCAUCCCUCUUGACCCUGAACCUAUUAAUGCCCAACAGUCAAGUGGAAGUAGUAUAACAUCUCCUAGUGGAUCGCACACAGGGGAUGUGCUAUCAUUAAAAUCAAUUCUGAACAAAAACUCUCCUAGAGAUGAUUUAAUGGCUAGAAAUAAACAUUCAGCUUUGAAGGGCUCAUCCUCGGUCACUCCAACUACUACAAUCAUAAAAUCACCUUCCGUUACACCUGUUGGCGCUCAAAACAUAGAGCAGCAGAAUGCUAUCUCAUACCCUAAUUCUCUUGAUAUGUUGAGCGGAAUCAAUGACAAUAGACUAGCCAAGAAUAUUGCCAACAAAAAACAAGCUUCUUCACCUCGUGUGAAAGCCCCAAGCCCAUUGUCUCAGAACUAUAAAAAUAAUGAAAAUCCGACAAGCACGACACAAACAUUCAAUGAGCUGCUAGAACAGCCCAUUCCAUACACUUCAUCCAGAGACUCCAAUCCAGUUCAAGCAGAAAACCGGAAAGAACAAUCCCAGUCUAUGUCUCCAAGCCUAACCGAAAGGUGGGAUAAUUGGGAAUCUGACCUAGUGUGGAAAGAUGUCGAUAUUCUAAUGAAUGAAUUCGCAUUCAAUCCAACGUUGUAA